AUGCUGCCAGCCCAGGGGGACAGCAGGAAUGUCUGGUGGCAGGGGCUGGACCCGCUGUGGUGGGAACAGGGCCAGGUGGAGCCUGAACUGAACCUCUCCAAGAAGUUCGAGCAGGAGUUCAGCUGCAGAUUGGAGCAGGAAAUGAACAGAUGUGCUGCUGCCAAGAACGACUUUGUGUUGCUGAAGAAGUGUGCUGAGUGUGCACUGGAAGCAAAGGUGGAAACCCUGAAGCAGGAGAUCAAGUUCCUGAAAUGUGUUUCUGCUCAGGAAAAGGCUGAGCUGGAGGAACAUCCCUGUGACACCUCUGUCAUUGUGAGAAUGGACAGCAGUCGAGUCCUGGACAUGAGGGACGUCCUCAGGGGCAUGGAGUGCCAGCCUGAGGACAGAGCUUGGAAAAKCAAAGCCCAGUUGGAAGCGUUGUACUGA